AUGGAAGCUUUAACCAAAUUUAUUUCAUUACCUUGUAAAUACCAUUUAAUUAUUGGAUUUAUAAUUCGAUUAUUCCUGAUUUAUUAUGGCGAGUAUCUUGAUGAAAUUUCCGAAGUUCCUUACACUGAUAUAGAUUAUAAAGUAUUUACAGAUGCAGCAAGGUAUGUAUAUAACGGUCAAUCUCCGUAUGACCGACACACAUAUCGGUAUAGUCCUUUAGUUGCCAUAUUUCUGAUACCAAAUAUAACUCUUCUCCAAAGCUUUGGUAAAAUUUUAUUCUCUUUGGUUGAUAUAAUUGUAGGAAUCAUAAUGUAUCAAAUUGUCAUGGAAUAUUUGAAGAAUACAAAUAUUUUUGUUUCGAAGUCGUAUAAUUAUAAGUACUACGCAAAUUGUUCAAUGUUAUUGUGGGUUUACAAUCCAAUGUCAAUUAUAAUCGCAACGCGAGGAAAUGCAGACUCAAUAGCUGCAUUUCUAGUUUUAACAACAUUAUACUUACUUUAUGUAAAACGGAAUUAUUUCUUAGCAGGUAUUUUACACGGAUUUGCAUGUCAUUUUCGAAUAUAUCCAAUUGUAUUUAGUUUAGCAAUGUUUAUGCACUUGAGUAAAUAUAAUGUUUCAUACUUUAAGAAAUCGGAAUCCAAUGAAUUAAUGCUAAAUUCUAACAAAGAAAUUAUUAAAUCAGGGCAAAGAGAACCGAAAAAACGUACAAUAUUUCAAAAACGAUUUUUAUACUAUUUAAUACCAAAUUUUGAUCAAAUUAGUUUGAUAAUCGGGACUAUUUUAACAUUUGGGAUCCUAAUUGGCGUAUUUUACCAUUUAUACGGAUAUAAAUUCCUUUAUGAAACAUAUAUUUAUCAUGUUGUUCGAAAAGAUCCUCGCCAUAAUUUCUCAAUCUAUUUCUAUUUACAAUAUCUAACUGCCGAUAUUAAAAAUUUAGGUAUCUGGCAUAAAGUAUUAAUGAUAUUACCAAAUUUAGUAUUACUUUUGGUAAUUUCAAUACGUUAUGGAUUACACAGAGAAUGUUUAUUCUUUUCCAUAUUUGCACAAGCUAUGAUUUUAGUAAGUUAUAAUACAGUUAUGACGUCACAAUAUUUUAUAUGGUUUUUAUCGAUAUUACCAUUAAUUAUAUGGCAUUUACAAUUAACACGAAUGCAAUGGAUAAAAUUAGGUUUAAUGUGGGUUAUUGGACAAUUAGCAUGGUUAUUACCAGCGUACGUAUUAGAAUUUAAGGGGCAUAAUACAUUCUUGUUUAUAUGGCUACAAAGUGUAGCGUUCUUUUGUGCAAAUAUUGUUAUUCUUAGUCGAUUAAUUAAAUAUUUUACUCCUAUUAUUGUUAAUAUCAAUAAAGUAGAUUAAUUAGUUUGUCUAUUCAAAUUGUUGUUAUUUUUAAUUUGUUUUUAUUUACUGUUUUUGGUUAACUGAAAAGUAUUCAGCUUGGAUUUUUACAUGAUUCGUUGAAUUCAUGUCGAAGUUUUGAUUGAUUAUUGAGACGCUCCUUAAUUCAACAAUUCCUGAGCUGAAAUUUUGUUACUAUGUUGUCUGAUAAUAAGAAGAGUUAAUGCAAUAAUCUCAUUUAAAUUGCCUCAAUUAAAUUGUGGUUGGAAAAAAGUCUUCAUUUUUUUUUUACUAAACAUUUGCCCGUGAUGAAAUGUCGUUGUACUUGCUUAUAAAAUGCGGUAACCAGAAACAGUUAAAUAAAAUUUAGCUAAUAUUAUUAUUUUAUUAUUUUUAUCCUCUACUUAUAUUAUAUUUUAUAAACUCGGACACGUUUUGAGGGUCUCACGAUUCUUUGAGAGUCAUAUGAAGCUGGAAAUAUUUUAAUGAUAGUUUUCAUUUCAAAAGUAUUUCAUCGUAUGGCAAAAUUACGAUCGCUGCACUAUUUAGAAAAGGUUAACAGUCGAAUCUGAAAUAGCGAAAGGAAUUGAGAAUUUUUCUCAUUUAUUGGGGUUUAGCCUUGUUUAAUACUAGACCGAUAAUACAAGCAUCUUAGAUAUAAUUUAAAUAUUUACCUAAAGAAAUAUGCAUAUAUUUAUAAAACUAAACUUAAAAUUUUUACCAAAAAAUAUACAUACUCUGUGUAAAGGAGUGGUUUUUUAUACGCAAAGUAUACAUUUAGGUCAAAUUUAGGAUAUUUACUUCCUUCUUACUACGAUUCCACUCCAGAGCAACGUGUAGACGCGACAAUCGAUAAGUUUAUUCUAAUAAGCUAUAUGACAUUAUGAUGGAAUCAUAGACUUUACUAACCUAUCACGAUUUCAUGCACUUCAUUCGGUAGUCCUGUCGUUCAGGUGUGAUCUUGACCGCAGUGAGAAAGGUAGAAAGAGGAAGAAAUUUUAGGCGUAUAAUAGAGAUGCUAUACGCGCCUACUAUAUCUGUCUCUACUGCGAUCAACCGUUUGGCGUCGACUUUGCAACUCUAUAGUUUUAUCUCUAUGGCUGUAAAUCACCAUUAGUUUUAUAAAUUAAAAUAAUUACACAAAUAAAAUAAAAUAAAAUCGGCUCUUCCUUAACGAGGUGUAGCGUGUCUCAGCUAUGGAAAUCAAGAUUUGGAAAACUGGCAUGAUCUGGUAAUAAAAUAAAUCAGUAUAGGAAGUUUCUUUCUACUCAAGGUUCGAAUGUAUACUAACCUUGUAAAAAUUGUUGUUAAUUUUUGAUACAGAAAUUUUUUCAAAAUGUAACUAUGUCACAACCUAUCGUAGUAUAAAAUACAAA